GCACAAUUGAGGAGGCCUUCAACCAUAUUUAUCAAUUGCGUCUGGCUUUUGCAUGCAUCGACAAAAGAAAACCAGAAAUGACCACACAACCGCAGAUGUGGCACGACCUUCAACGUUCCCAGUCCGACGGCCACUUCAGGUAUUUCCUCAAUGCAAAAAGAAGGCCUGCAUCGGCCGGGAAUCGAACCCGGGGCUAGCCGAAACUGAGCUGUGAAGCUUGGCAACGGCUAAUUUUACCACUAAACCACCGAUGCUUGAAAUCAAA